UGGCUCAUUCCUCAGAGAAAAACCCAGACGGAGCAAACGUUGACCCAAGUUGAGCAGAAGUCCUCAGGCUUACACUUCUAGAAUGCAAAAACAUACUCCUAGUUUAGGUUAGACCGUUUGUACAUUUUCAUUUAAUAUUUUUUUUAAAUAUUAUUUUGCAUGUAUAUCAUUAACUUUGCUUGAGUACAGCUGUGUGGAAACUUUUCUUUGGGAGUUUGAUUUACUGCGAAUCUCAUAGGCAUAUGAGGCUGAUACACGGCACUAUGGAUCUUAUAUUAGCAGUGGCAUUCACCUCCUGGCUGGCUCCUGUGCUUGGAUCAGCAUUUGGCAGGGAGGUUUUUGCCUCAGCAGCAGAAGAUGAGAAAGACUAUGACAGCCCUUUUCAUUAUGAUUAUGAAUCUCUGAGAAUCGGCGGACUGGUUUUUGCUGUUGCUCUGUUCCUGCUGGGCAUUUUCCUCAUCGUCAGUCGAAAGUGUUCCUGUUCAAAGAGCGACAAGUCAAGGUCCAGGGGUCCUGAAGUUGAAUCAGCUGUCCAAAGAGCUUAACAGCGGCUCUAUUAAAAACUGCUUGCCGGAACCCACCACUAGGUGGCAGCAAAUACAAUGAAGACAGCAGAGAAAAACCCUUCCAGGAGGACAGCAUUGAGCUUUUUUUAAAUGCCAUAAUCCAGCUGUUGUUUCUUUUUUCUCUCUCCAUUUUUAUGUUUUUAUCAUCAGUAUUUGUCGCUUGAUGAUGUUUCAUGUUUUUACAGUAGUGAUGGUGUGAUUCUCAUGUGUAUUUCUCUGAUUGUCAAACAAAUGCUAAAUAAUAAAGCAAACAUCUAAAAAAAAA